AUGCUACAAAUCAUUUUCGGGAUAGGCAAUGAAUACUAUCAUAAAUUAACGUUGGAGGAAACGGAAGAUUUGCCUGAAGGCCUCAGAUUCAUUACGGUGGAUGGUCAAUUGGCCGAGGAUUCUGACCGACAUACCUUCGAAAAUCUGGCCAAAAUGUUGAAUAGGAAAACUACUAAAAUCCGCACCGUGACCCUACAAAACAUUUUCUUUGUUUCACCUGAGUUCCUCGCCGCAUUGGUAUCAAUUGCAACAAAAGCGGAAAUGCUGAAUCUCACCGAUGUGGCGUGGGGGGAUCCUGGAUUUGCUAUUUUGAUGACAAGUCUGAUGCAAUCAAACGGAAUCGAGGAUCUUAGCCUGGUAGAUUGUGGAAAUUUUCCAGAAUUGACUAUACAGCAAAUGUCUAUGCUGUUCGAAGGGAUUGCGUACUCUACAAGUCUAGACCAUUUGACGCUACUUCGUCUUCCGUUUGGACCUCAUAAUGAUGAGGCAGGUCGUCAAUUCAUCCAUGCAUUGCGGCGAAACCGCAAUCUGAAGCAUUUGGAGCUUCAGAUGGAUCCGUUUUCGGACGGACUCAUGAUCUCAAACAUACUUCGAGCUGCUCUGUUGGAAACCAAAGUUACAGCGUUUGACUACACCCAGAACGACAUCCCUGGCAUGAUUCCUUUGCAUAUCUUUGACGAUUUAAUUUGCCGAGACGACUGCUCUCUCGAAACACUUUAUUUGCAUCGCAUUUCAAUACACCCACCCAGCUCAAAAUUGCCUGCAAGAAUCGUGAAGAACUUAUCAUUGAAAGCCCUCAUUAUGACUCAAAACGGUAUGACCAGCUCGAUGGCUGCGCACAUAGCAGAAGGAUUCAAGUCAUUGGAGCACCUCAAUAUUUGCGAUAAUCAGAUUUCGGAUCUUGCUCCUUUCGACAAGUUGCUACUCGGCGAUAAUGCGAAACUGGAAGUUCUUGUUCUCUUUGCCAAUCCAAUCAGCGAGAAAGACUUUUUGGUGUUUUUGGAAAAACUGCCUGAAAUGAAAUCUCUGAGGAGUCUAGUUCUGAGUGGUGCAACAUUUCUUGAGUCGGGAGUAACAGCUUUGCCAUUUCUUCAAUCGAAAGUAUGCAGAGAUGCUCUCUUGAAUGCUCUUUGGUUAAACACAACUCUCGAAAAUGUACAUUGUCACGAUGAUGAUGGACAGGACGAUGAAAGUGAAGACGACGAAGAAGAUGAUGAAGAGGACCAAGAUGGAGACGAUGAUGCUGAGUUAUUUCGUGCCCUACUAGCUGUUCCUUUAAGUUUGAAUCGAGGAGGACGGCGAGAAUUACAGAAUGGAUCCACGAAAUCUUUUCCACGGGGCCUCUGGGCGCUGGUUCUGAAGAGGGCAAUGACACUCAAGUAUUGUUCCGCUUCAGACUAUUGGGAAGAUGGUCCAGAGUGCACCGCUAUGAGAGUGGAUGUUGUCUACUGGUUACUUCGGGAGAAGGUGAUUUUCUAA